UGUGGUUGCAUCUUAGAUAAUAAAUAGUAUGAUGAGCGAUAUUUUUUACUCGUUCCCGUUUUUUAGAAAAUGUCUGAGACGGUGUUGUUGGUCAACGAAAACAAGAUGCCUACAUACCUGUCGCACGCCCCAACACAACUGCCUAGUCUUGACUCUGUUCUGUCCAAGAUCCAGUCGGAGCAGAAAUGGCCUCUGCCGAACCCGACCACUCCGCAUCUGCUAGCGUUGCCUGCUCCUCCAGCCUUGCUUCAGCCUCUCAGCAGACCAGAUAUACCCUCCUUCAAUAUGCCUUUGGCAUCUAUUCGCUAUACUCGCCAGGAUCCGCCCCACCAUGUUGCUCCAAAAGUGUCUCUUCCAACUCCCGAAAUCGCCACAAGACCGGAAAAGAACUCGGACUCCUCGCCACCAAUGCGUCGCUACAAGUGCAAAAUUUGCAGUAAAAUGUUCACCACGUCAGGACAUCUGGCAAGGCAUACGAGAAUACACACGGGUGUGAAGAACCACAUAUGUCCAUACGAAGGUUGCGGCGCAAGGUUCUCGCGACAGGACAACUGCAUGCAACACUACAAGACACACCUGAACACCAAGAAGACGAGGAAACGCGGCAGGAGCGUUUAGGAAUUCACAGCACAUCAAACCCGCUCGCUGUUUUCCCCUAUUCGUCGAUACCGAACUUGUGCACAGCCCGGUUUUCUGUACGUCGGAAGCUUGGCGCACUAAGGGUUCGAUCUGCCAAGAAAUUUUUGCGUUCGCAAUCGGACAGGGAUGGAUUCUCCGGUGGCCUCGUGCACCCGUGCACCGGACGACUAGCUCGAAAAUCACCAGAUUUACAGUAUUUAUUAUUCUGGUUUGGAAUAUAAAUAAAGACGUAUAUACGACUUUCAAGGACAAACAAUGGCC